AGUUUUCUAGCGCGCAAAGUUAAUUCUUAUUUUCACAAGGAUUUUCUUGUGUAAAUACAAGCUACUUAAGGUAUAGCAGAUGCUGCCUAACAAGAGAAGGUCUGCGUAUGAUGUUUAUCGCGAAAACGCGACGAAAAAUGCUGAAAGUGGCUUAAAAAACGACGAUGAAUCAGAGUCGACACAAGAAGAAAUAGUCACCAAAGACAUGCCCAAAACAACUUCAGCUAGUAAAAGAAGAUCAAGCAAAAAGGCGGGAAAUAUCAGCAAAAGCUCUCAAAAUGCCUCUACAGAAAAAUUAGAGAGCAAGUCCCACGGACAUCGUAUCUUGUCCAAGGCGAACAAACUGAGACGCAGUCUUCAUAUGUCGGGAAAGAAGAAAUCUAAGCGUGCAAGUAGCAUGGCCUCGAGUGCUGCUAAUAAAGACACUGAAAAAGAGAAUGAAGACAGCGAAUCUGAAACCCCAAUACCUAAAAAAAAAAGCCGUGGUGAAUCAGAAAAUACCAGCUACGUGAAGAUCACUAAUGAUGGCGCUAGCUCUAGUGCUGGUCCAUUUAGUAGUUCUGCAAUACCUCGCAGUCGUCCUGUUAAUACCUAUAGUUCUUGUAGCAUUGGAAGUACCAUUAGUAUGUUAGAAGGGCAAGCUGAGACUGAGGCUGAAAAGUUGAUGAAGUGGUUGAUAAGUCCUGUUAAACCCAAGAAGUUUUUUAGUGAAUUGUGGGAAAGAAAGCCACUUUUGAUCAAACGUCACCAGCCGGCAUAUAAUGAAGGCUGGUUUAGUACAGCAGAAUUGGAUGAGAUACUAAGAAAGCAUAAUAUUAGGUUUUCUGUAAACGUUGAUGUAACGACAUAUAAAGACGGCAAGAGAGAGACACAUAACCCCUCUGGCAGAGCCUAUGCUCCUGUAGUAUGGGACUUCUAUCAGAAUGACUGUUCUGUAAGACUCCUGAAUCCUCAGUCAUUCAGUCAGUCUGUCUGGAAGCUGACGUCGCUGCUACAGGAAUACUUUGGAUGUUUUGUUGGUGCAAACAUAUAUUUGACGCCACCAGGAUCACAAGGCUUUGCUCCUCAUUAUGACGACAUUGAAGCAUUUAUCAUUCAACUUGAAGGCAAAAAGCACUGGAGGCUUUAUAAUCCAAGAUCUGAAGAAGAAUCACUGCCAAGAUAUUCAAGUGGAAAUUUCAGCCAAGAUGAAAUAGGUGAACCCAUACUUGACACAGUCCUUGAACCCGGGGAUGUGGUCUAUUUCCCCAGAGGCACCAUUCAUCAGGCUGAUACACCAAGUGACAGCCAUUCUCUUCAUAUCACCUUGUCCACAUAUCAAAAGAACUCUUGGGGAGACUUUUUUCAAAAACUUGUCCCUGCUGCUCUCCAAGCCGCAUUUGAUGAAGACCCAGAAUUUAGGCAAGGAUUGCCGCUUAACUACCUGGACUAUAUUGGUGUUGCUAACUCAGAUACUAUUACCAAGGAGAGGUCAGAAUUCUUGCGUAAAGUUGAAAAACUCAUGUCAAAACUGGUAACCUAUUCUCCUGUCGAUGCUGCUGCAGACCAGAUGGCAAUUGGAGUUAUUUCUGAUUGCCUUCCACCAGUUCUCAAUAAAGAUGAGAUAAACCAGAGUAUAAUCGGGUCAGGUGCAACAUGGGAUGGUAACAAGGUUGUCAGCACUGCAACCAUCACUAGUGAAACCCAUGUGAGAUUAAUAAGAAAAGGCAUAGCAAGGCUUGUCAGUGAGGAAGACAGUGUGUGUGUUUACCAUACAAUGGAGAAUUCAAGAAUCUACCAUGAAGUUGAACCACAAAAACUGGAAUUUAAUCCUGAGGCUGGACCUGCAAUAGAGAGCAUCCUCAAUGCCUUCCCUGACUAUGUCAAGGUAGAUGACCUUCCUCACGAAAGCACAGAAUUUAAGGUUGAUAUGGUAACAAUGUUAUACGAAAAAGGUCUGCUCCUACUUAAGGAUCCGCUUGAGCCAUAAUAAUAUGAAUUAACUUUGAAAUUAGCAUACCCACCCAUGCACCUAAGAAUUACCUUACCAUAGCUGUUAUAAACCUACCUUAAAAUCUUUCACAUACAUGUACAGCAUGUGCUUGAAAGGAGCUUUAUAGCUGAAAGAAUCUAUAGAAAUGCUGACAAACUGGGGAAGGAGUGAAUGUGUUUACCUUGGUUAUUGCUCUGCUCUGGUUUAAUUAUUGCACUACCAAUAUAAAAAGGAUGCUUCUUUAAGAGCCUGGUUUCUGGCUCUUCACAGAGAAAUAUAAUGCGUAGUUCCAGAAAUUAU